AGUUUCUUUAGCAUGCAUGUUUGUAGUGAAGUAAAUAGUGUAAAUCAUAAAAAAACACUCGGCUCUCUGAAGUAACUAAAUCGUAUAAAUCAUAUAAUAUCGUUUGGCAGUGUCUGAAGAUGGCGAAUCGAUCCAAACUCGAAUCGAGCAGAUACCAAUGCUUAAAAUGGAGUCCAUGCGAGAUGGGCAGCCGAGCCUCGAAGACAUGAUCCGUGUCGCACAACUCAGGGAUCUCCUGAGUCUUGAAAGGGCAAUGCAGAAUCUUGAUAAGAAACCCAUGCCAUGUGUCAGCCAAGUCACCAUCAAGAAAAUCAAAGAUACGAAGGUUGUCAUAUCGAAUCCAACUGUUUUCAAGGUCCCGAAUUCAGACACGUACAUUAUCUUAGGGAAUGAUGCACAGACCGGAAAUUUGAGUUCGCUGUUGCAGCAACCUAGUGAGUCUGAGUCAGAUGAGAGUGAGUCAGACGAAGAUAGCGGGUCAGAAGAAGAAGAUGAUGUGGCGAAUAGCGAGUCAGACGAAGUGGACGAGAGCGGGUCAUCAGAUGACGUGGACGAGAGCGAGUCAGAAGAAGAUGGCGAGAACCUGAGUUGGUCGGAACAAGAGGAUAUAAAGCUGGUUGCGAAUCACACUGGGGUUUCGAAACGUAAAGCUGCUAAAGCUCUCAAGGAAUUCGAUGGAGAUAUUGUCGCUGCUAUUAUGGAGCUCAACUCAAAUUAGUUUUUUUUUUUACUU